CAGAAGAAAAUAUGGUCCCGCACCCUCAUUUUGUUCUAUCACGGGCGCUUAGGCAUACACCGGAUAGGCGGCCCACCAAAUUGCCCAAUUCCUUCCUAAAUUGCAUUCCAAAUGUGGGCUGUAAAAAUGUCAAUAAUGCCACUUAUCCCUCGCCCCGCCCCUCGGUCGGGGUUGCAGCGCCAUCCUUUACCGGCGCGUUUGUGUGUUGUUUGCCCGCGUUUACCUGAGCGGCGAAAUCUUCAUUCCCGUGUGUAAUGUGUUCAACAGUUCCUUAGUGUUGUUAUAAAAGCCCCGGAGGUGAUGUAAUGCGUCCAAUUAGCGUGUGGAGGCGGCGACGGCCUGGCGCGGCGGGAGGGGCGGCGGGGACGCCCCCGAGCGUGGGAACACCAAUGUGGCCGCCGCGCCUCACACGCCGCUCAGCCAAUCAUCGGCCGCCUCGCCGUCUUCAGCUACUCACUUAUUGCCGCAAUAUUAAACACAAUCCAAGGCAUUCAUGCAGCCCAGAGAUAAAGAAAAUGACGAACGACUUUAAUAAACACCACCUCAUAACGUUGCUUCGUGAUGUUCGAGAAAAGACAAGUGUAAAAUAAUGUUUAGCUGCCCGGCGCCGGGGACCGUCGGCAGCUCCCACGCGGAGCCGCCCGAGGGGCAAGACAAAUGAUGCCGCAGAUCAGUCGACAAAUUGGCCGGUGCUAGACAGUCUGGCCCAGCAUCCUCCCGCCGUGAUCACCGCGCUGCCACGCCGCCGCCCGCCACGCUUGGAGCAGUGGUUAAUUUCUUUGAUUAAUGAUGUUGAACGGGACGGUGAGCCGCUGAAACAGAGUGAAGCUUACUUCAGGAGUCCACCGCCGCUGACCAAGACACACACACCUCCGAGGACCUCCGCAGCAGACCACAGGAUGACGAUGGACCUCAUGUCCGGCGAGGCGCCCCUCAAGAUGCUGUCUCUGGGCACCGCCGGCCUGGGCAAGGAUACGGCGGCGCUGCUGGAGGAGCGGACGCCCACCACGCCCGAAGGUCUCUGGCGAGCCUUCCUGCAGGGCUCCCACCACCACCAUCACCACCUCCACCACGCGCCGCCCACUUCCGCCGCCCACAGAAUGGACUCAUUAGAUCGGCCGCUCUCCCCCGAGUCCCCCGGGCCCCUGCUGCCUCCCCCGCCCCCCGCGUCGCUGGGUGGAAGGACGUCCCCGCCCUCGCCACACACAGCCCUCCCCGCCUCCUGCGACGGCUCAGGUGGCGACGACGACCUCAGCAGCAAAGCACGAAGCCCUUUAGGUCCAGCGACAGUGGGAGGAGCAGGAGGAGGAGGAGGAGGUGGACUACAGCAAUCCUCACAACAGCAACAGAAUCAGCAGGCAUCAUCGCAGUCACAGCAACAACAACAACAGCAACAGCAACAGCCAGUAGGAGGACAGUCAGCAGCGGAAAUACGACGCUACAGAACGGCCUUCACGCGGGAGCAGAUCGGCCGCCUCGAAAAGGAGUUCUACAAAGAGAAUUACGUGAGUCGGCCCCGGCGCUGCGAACUGGCCCAGGAGUUGAACCUUCCGGAGUCCACCAUCAAGGUGUGGUUCCAGAACCGGCGGAUGAAGGACAAACGGCAGCGCCUCGCCCUGGCCUGGCCCUACGCCGACCCCGCCCUGGCCGCCUACCUGCUGCACGCCGCAGCCGCCACAGGGGCAUACCCGCCCUACCUGCCGCCGGCGCUGGGCCACGCCGCGCCCUGGGCCGCCGCUGCCGCCGCCGCAGCCCAAGUAGGCAGCGCGCCUGGCCUAGGCUACAGCAUGCCCUCCCACAACCCCGCCCUGGCACGCUUUGCCCCCUACCCCCGCCCACACCCAGGCCUCCUAGCCGCUCCCUACCUCAGGCAUGGGGAGAUACGCCCGCACGAGGUCCCGCCGUCCCUGGCCUCCUCGCCCAUCACGCCCACGCCAGUUUCACCGCGCCCACUGGUCGGGGGUCACCUGGCCACCUGUCCUCUUAGAGACUCCCCCAAGGUAGGCAGUGACUCGUGUGUGUGCGGCCUCCUCUACCCCAGCCUGCCCAUCUCGCACGCCCUCACGCCCACCCUCGAGCCCUUGACCAUCACCACCUCACCGCCCGCCUCAUCCAACACCACCCUCACCCCCGCAGCGCCGCUGUCCACGAGCGGCACUCCAGCCGGCCGCACCUCGCCCCCCCACAAGACCAUCACCACACCCUCGCUCUUCCAGCCGUACAGAGACGAUCCGUGAAACUUUUCGGCACACACAAGUAUUCGGUUCUAAUCCUACACAACCCGCGCCCAGAGGUUUCCCGGUGAUGGUAUGUAACCUCCAGGUGUCCUAGGCGGGCGCCACCUGAUGAGACGGGUCGUGGUUGAAAGAUGUUUACUGAAUCCUCACCACGAACCCUCUGCACCGCCCAACAAGGAACAAUCGAAUCUAAGUUUUAAGAACGAUAUGUAUAAUAUUUGUAAGAUAAUCGCGUAUGUGUUGAUUACUUUAGUGGAAUAGUAAGCAACCCAACACCGGGCAGGACACCACCAGUACUGUUCUCUCGGCACCGCCUCCCCAGUGUGUGCAAGGUGCGUCUCCAUGUUCCUUUUGUUUUCCCUGUGAUAUUUACACGUAGCCUAGAUAGCCGCCGCAGCCGCUUCCCGAACCCGCCGCCUCCGUCACCCUCCCCUCCCGCAGAGCCUCGCGCGUGUGUCUCUUCGUGUUGGUGUGUGCAUGGACGUGUCGUGUGUGUUAGUGUGUAAGCAAUAAACUCGUGUUGGUUAA